GAAAAGAGCUGCGGAGCGAAGCGGUGGCUCCUCCUCCCCCUCGGGCUGCCUUGUUUCUUUGCGGUCGGCGCCGGGAGACUAAAGAUCCAGAGGCGAGGCGCCAAGCGAAGGGGCAAGGCUCGGUCAAGGACGCCUGGCGACAGAAAAAUGAAAAGAAGAACUGGCUAUAACAGUUGGAAUUCAUCUUUCACGGUUGUGAUGUAUCAUAAUCUGCAAGCACUCUGAAGCAGAACACUCAGAAGCCUGUUGCUAUUUCUGCAUCAUAAAUAUAGUUAACAUUUUAAUAUUAUUCUGUGUUUCCCUUACAUAGCGUUUCUAUUUCUCGAAGACUUGACUUGUACUGUUUGCAGUUGGAGUACAGUGUGAAAGAGAAUAGCCUUAUUCAAAGACUUGAUAUAAGUUGACAAAUUUUAACAGACCUUCAGGCAGAGAGGGCUUAUCCUCAGCUCUCCCAUUGAAUGCUACAUUUUGAAGUGCUUAAUUGUUAAAAUGGUCUCUUAUUCAAAGAAAGGGAUUGCUUUCUUGCAGUGUCUACAGAGUAAAUAAGCCUACUCUUCUUUGUUGCUAGCUUUAUCACUUUUUUGCAGCGAUGGCAGCUGCUACAAUAAUACAUGAUACAUCUGAAGCAGUGGAGCUCUGCGCUCCUUAUGGGCUAUACCUUAAGCCCAUCACAAAAAUGACUAUCAGUGUGGCACUUCCUCAGUUAAAACAGCCUGGGAAGUCUAUAUCCAACUGGGAAGUGAUGGAAAGACUGAAAGGAAUGGUGCAGACACAUCAGUUCUCAACAUUGCGGAUCUCCAAAAGCACUAUGGAUUUCAUCCGCUUUGAGGGAGAGGUAGAAAAUAAGAGUUUGGUUAAAUCCUUUCUUGCAUGCCUGGAUGGCAAAACCAUAAAACUUAGUGGUUUUUCAGAUAUUUUAAAAGUUCGUGCUGCAGAAUACAAAAUAGAUUUUCCUACUCGACAUGACUGGGACUCCUUUUUUCGUGAUGCAAAAGAUAUGAAUGAAACUCUGCCAGGGGAACGACCAGACACUAUUCAUUUGGAGGGUUUGCCUUGUAAAUGGUUUGCACUCAAAGAUUCUGGCACAGAAAAACCAAAUGAAGAAGUUCUUAUCAAGGUGUUCAGUAAAUUUGGUGAAAUACGUAAUGUGGAUAUACCCAUGUUGGACCCAUAUAGGGAAGAAAUGACGGGCAGAAACUUCCAUACAUUCAGUUUUGGAGGCCAUUUGAAUUUUGAAGCCUACGUUCAGUAUGAGGAAUAUGCAGGUUUCAUCAAGGCUAUGAAUGCUUUGCGAGGGAUGAAGCUGAUGUACAAAGGUGAAGAUGGUAAAGCAGUGGCUUGUAACAUAAAGGUUUCAUUUGAUUCAACAAAGCAUCUCAGUGAUGCUUCAAUUAAGAAACGUCAGCUUGAAAGACAGAAGCUCCAAGAACUUGAAAAGCAGAGAGAAGAACAAAAGCGUAAAGAAAAAGAAGCAGAGGAAAGACAAAAAGAGGAGGAAAGGAAACAGAAAGAACUGGAAGAGUUGGAGAGAGAGAGAAAAAGGGAAGAGAAAUUACGCAAAAGAGAACAGAAACAGAAGGAUCGUGAAAUUCGUAGAAACAAGAAAAGGCUUGAAAAAAUACAAGCCGAAGAGCAGAAAAAACUGCAAGAGAAGAUAAAAUUAGAGGAGAGGAAGCUUCUCUUGGCUCAGAGAAACCUUCAGUCCAUUCGACUAAUUGCUGAACUGCUGAGCAGAGCCAAGGCACUAAAGCUUCUGGAGCAGGAGCACAAUGAGGAAAAAGUCCGUCUUCAGCAGUUGGAAGAGAAGAGGAAGCUGCAAGAAGCUGAACUCCGACGUGUGGAGGAGGAAAAAGAGAGAGCUCUUGGGCUGCAGAAGAAAGAAAGGGAAUUAAGAGAGAAGCUCUUAAGCAAUCUCAUGAACAAGAAAAUAGAAGUAACUCAUCUGUCAAAGAUGGAACCUAACGCUCUGCAGUCUGCCCCUUUGAAAAUUAUUGUGGGUGUUUCCCAUUGCAUCACAUCUACCUCAGCACAGUCCAUCUUGGCCAAACCAGUUCAGCUCUGUCAGAACAGCAGAACAGCUAAUGAAAGCCCAAGUCCUCCUCUGAAGUACUUGAAUGGGAGCCUUCAUGAGGAAGUUCACAUCAACAAAGCUAAGAUUAAUAUUGGCAAUCGGACCAUGGUUUCUGAUGAAAGUAGCUCAGGUGUUCUUUCAUGUAUCCCUGCAAAUCAACAACACAAGGGCACACCAGACCAUGAGCAGAACUUCAAGAAGGACUUGCUGUCUGAACAAGGCAAGUGUAAUAGAGAGCCAAGUAAGGGGAAGAGCCACUCAUAUAAAGACUUGCGUAACCAUCCUAGCAAAGAUAAAAUUGAAAAGAAUAGGCAUGGACGAGGCUUAAGUAGUGAGGAUGAAAAAUGUAGAAAAGAGAGGCGCCUCCAUAAAAAGUACUCUGCAAAAAGUAACAGUCCUCACCAGAGGAGUUUAAGUCGAGAACAUCCACGGCAUAGGAGAUCUUACAGUAGUGACAGAGAGCAGGAUAAGAGAGGGCGCAGUCACGGUCACAAGAGUGCAGGCAAGAGACACAAACAUCGGAAGAGAUCUUUGAGCAACCAAAGAAGCAUUUGGAGUAGGUAAUAAAGGACUAGGCCUUCUGUAAGGGCUAGCUCAAACAGAACUGGAAUGGGUUUCUCAUCUCUCUGACAUCUGGGGAGGAAAAAAAUACUGAUUGGAAAUUUUACUUGAAUACAGUUUAUGGAAUCGAGAUGCAUAUAACCACGCUUAGCAAAAAUACUUUUUGUGACUUCUGUCAGUUUUCUGCUGGCUUGCUAAAGUACCAUACAUUCUGAUCAUUCUUGCUCAUGUUUUCUCUGUGACACAUGCCUGAUUAGACUUUCAUGAUUCUUCUGUUGGGUCAUUUUUUGUUUCUAAUGACUGCAAUCACAGCAACCUCUUAUUUAGAAACUGGCAUGUGUAUGUUUCUAAAAGGAAAUGCAAGCUUGACAAUUUACUGCAUACUUGAUUAAUAGAAACUUAAUUCUGUGCAGGAUGUUUUGCUGUCUGGAUUGAUGCAACCAUAAAGACACAUGUAUUUUUAUACAGUACUGUAAUACCUUUGUUGCUCUUUGGGAAAUGUAUACUUAAUAGAUUGUGACAGGGCCCAAAUAGUCACUGUUUGCUAUUUUACAUUUUCAGAGUUCUGUUACAUUUCAAAAGAACAUAUCUCUGAAAAAAUAGAUCUGGAGGUUGCUAGUAUUGUUUGACUGGGUUCCUUUUUGUUCAAACCAUUGGUUGAAAUACUUCUUUACAUACAAUUUCACAGACAUCUUAUCUUUUAAAAGAGGGACCUCUUGCUAAAUUGUUUUACUUGCAAUGUUAAAGUUCAAAAUAAGUUUCUCUUAAGUAACCUUUUUAUAUAUCUUUGCUUCUGGAAUGAAGCUCAGGUAUUUCCAAAAUAAUAUUAACAUUGCAGUGCAAAACCAGCUUUUUUACCAUCUUAUGGUAAAAUGCAAAAGCCAUUGCCAGUGAACUGUUUCCUAUUUCGGUACAUUAAAGAUAUACAUAUACAACAUCAAA